CUCCCAGCCAGUCGGAGGAGACGCCCAGCAGGCCACCCCUUCUCCUCGCCGCACUCCCCAGGGGACCAAAACGAGGAAAAGGCGCCGGUGUCCUUGUCGUCGAGUCUGAGCGCCUACGGAACUUUAUGCCUCAGGGCGGCAUACACCAAUGGCAGCCGCAGGCGGGCGAGGUCUGCGGUUUCAGGAGUCGAUCUCGAGGCAGGGGUCUACCGGCGGGACGAGGCCGAACAAAGUACACAUAGAGAGCUCUUGCGAUCUGGAGAGGACCUGGGCAUGGGAGAUCGCGGCUGCUGGGGUGGGCAGACACAAACGGGGAUCAUGGAUGGUUCUACCGUACCGGUUCAGGGAAGAGGUCACCUUUUUUUGGUAUGUGGCGGAAGGGCGGAAGAAGAGAGCAGCAAGCAUAUUGACAAGGGCUAG